AGCGUAUACGCGCAAAUAUGGCGCCUUACGUAUGUCUAUAAUUACUCUGAGGAAAAAAAAGAUAAUUCAAGCAUAAAAUUUGAGAAUGUGUAUUUUGUAUAAUGGGGAGUCACGCUACGGAGUGAAGUACCCAAUUUAAACAUCCGGAAACAUAUUUUCAAUCGUAUAUUUUAAUUUUUCGGGAUUAUUGCGAUUUUUUUUUAUGAUGUGUAAAUAAAUUGAACAUGAUAGGUAGUGCACAGUUCAUAGAGUUGCAGUCGUAUGUAAUACUGAGAUUGAGCAAAAAGCAGCAGUCUAUGGACUGAGUCUUAAAACUGUGGUCGUAGUUGACGUGUAUGUGUGUGUAUAAUAUGUAUGUGUGUGUGUUUAGUGUAAGAAGAGAGUGUGAGAGGCAGCCAAUCCGCUCCUCGGCUGCUCUCUGCUCCCUCCUCUGCGGUCCACUCCUUGGCCGAUACAGAUUCAUGUCGAUCAGCUGUGCCGCAAUUACAGCUGCGCAGAUCUGUCCAGCAAGCAGGGGAGAUACUGUACAUUUAUCUGACUUAUCGGGACUGCAGCUGACCAAAAUGUCGAAUCAGGUACAGUAUUAUCUGCUUUUGUUAUCAUUUGAUCAUUUGCAUCUCAUCUGUGCAUCGUAAUGGGGGGGUUCCAGUUCAUCGCUUUAAUGCGAAUAACGGUCUCUGGUGAAGGGGUGUUCACCCCCGCCACCGUGAGUGCUGUCAACCAUCUUUGACACUGUGGGAUGUAUAACCGAGAGUAUGAAUGCAUGUAUUCAUUUACUUAAUCAUCCUUCUGUUACUGCAUGGUUAAAGGACAUGAAUUUACUUUUAUUUAAUGAAAACCCGAAAAACAUCAUGAAAAUUUAUAAAAAGCUAAAUGAACAGUUAGAAAGAAAAAGGAUCUAAACUCACCAUGGUACGUUUGUGUUUUCUGUGAUUUGUUGGUGUAUGAUUAUCUAUUCAGUAAUGUCCCAGACCCUUUGUAAAAUGGAUAAAUGAAGUGGGCACAGAAGUACUAGAGCCUUGAAUAAAAGCCCAUUGUUUGGCUCCUACUUGUGCAACAAUAGGUUUCCAGAGCUCUGCACCCUGACCGGAAUACUACACUUAGAUUUCUCAUUCAUUGGUGUAAUCUGUUACUGAUUAAUCUGCGCAAACUCAUACUCUGCUAUUAAAAUACACUCUAUGUUCACUUUACACCACUGAUAGAUUCAUUUAAGUGGAGCAAAUACACACUGGCCUGUUUGUUCAUUUAACAUAACACAGUAGCUGAGUCUUAAACUGAACGAUUCAUUAAAAUACACAGUUUCUUUGUUUUUUUCUUUCUGACUAUCUUCCCUCCACAGGCAGAGUUUGAGAAGAUGGCAGAAGAUGUUAAGAAGGUGAAGACAAGGCCUACAGACCAGGAGCUGCUCGACCUGUAUGGGCUUUAUAAGCAAGCAAUUGUUGGAGAUGUUGACACAGGUAUGACUUACUGUAGAAAAGCAGAAUAACUUCCAUGCAGUGUCCUCUUAAUCUUGAACAUUUCCCUUUAUUUGUUUUCUAUAAACUAAUGUAGAAAGGCCGGGAAUGUUGGACUUAAAAGGAAAAGCAAAGUGGGAUGCCUGGAACUCCAGAAAAGGUAUCAAGUUUAAAAUGAUUGUAGAUUUAAAACAGUAAAUCAAUUUAUUUUCCUUUUUUUUUGCAUGAUAUUAGUUGUUUCUAGGGUUUAAUGUUCUUGCAAAUGUCCCUCACAAUGUAUUCUUGAGACUAAAUUCUUGGAUUUUUACCUUUUAAACUCCAAUUGAUACAUCCAUCACAUCCUUUUCUUCUGUGAUUUGAACAGCAAAAAGCCCCCUUAAACUUAUCUCAGUAAUUGUCAACAUUGAACAGCGGGGACACAGGGCUUCUCCUGUCCGUAUACUUACAUGCUUACAUCAAAGAUGCUUACCAGCUACUGAUAAGCAGGUUUGUUUUUAGGUACCAUGUUCACAGCUGUAGUUUAGUUUAUGUAUGUACCAAAGCAUUACUACUCUUGAUAGACUGGCGAAACCUAUGUCGCUCAUUUGGCUAAACACCACAGCACAUUAAUUGUUUAUGUUUUUAAUCAUAGUAUUUUGUAUCACCCUUACAGGAAUGUCCAAGGAAGAUGCCAUGACGGCCUACAUUACACUUGCAAAGGAAAUCAUAAACAAAUAUGGCAUGUGAGGCUUGCAAUAAAAUAAAGGUACCGAAUUAACCCAGGAACCGUCUACUAACUCAAUUAGACGCUGCUGUCUAUACCAUAGAUAUAUGAUAUCUCUGGUCUGUAUGACCAGUAGCCUUUUGCUUUUAGAAGCCAUAAUACUGUGAGAUGUGUGACAAGUGAUCAAUUUGCUCUGAGAUCCUUCAAUUACUUAAAAAGAUAAGUUUGAUAAUAUCUACAUCUGAAUAACUUCUAUGCAUUAUCAAGGGUUAAAACUAUAGACAUUUUUCAGCAUGGUGCUUAAUCUGAUUCAUGAGCAUUUUUGUAGUAAUCCACAUGUGCACAACAAUGUACUGUAUAGGUAUUUUGAAAUGAAGCUUGAUUCCUAAUAAAAGCUGGACGAAUUAAAUGUGAACACACUGCACACAUUUUAACAAUAAAACUUAUUCUGCACUGUUUGUGAGUGUGUCGUUUUUAAAACAUUUGUUUGAUGGGAUUUUUUUUGCAAGUGUUACAAGUGUCAGCCAAUCUUUGUAGAAUUCUUUCAUUUGAAGUACUAUGUGUCCUUUAAACCUUAAAAAAAUGAUAACACUUAUUUCCUAAUGUUGUUGCCAGACUUUGUCUUAUUUAUCUCACUAUCUCUGGAUGACUGAAUUUUCUUGUAGCAAUAAACUAUUGGAGAUCUAGGAAGCAAAACCAUAGGUAAAUCAAUGUGGUAGGCCAUACCAUGACAUACCAUGCUGCCAAUGCCUACAGUAAUGAGACAAUUUAUCCUAUUCCAAGGAUCAUUUUAUGCCUUUGCAACUCUGCAUACCAUUGUUGAUUGUCUAGCACAACAAAAUUAUGGUGGUAAACUAGCAUUGUUAUUAUAAGAUCUUGAUAAAAAUUAUAAUAAAUCCGUUAUCAUGAGGCUAAAA